UUUUUCUUACGUCUAAUAUUAAACACAUACGAUACAACUGACGGAACAGUCAGUUCGAAAACAUUCCUUUCCGAUGAUCAACAGAUAACCGACAACAUAAUGUACAUUGGAUGUAUAUGUAUGUCAUAGUGUUUGUGUAUACAUUGUACAUAUAUAUACAUAUAAUACAUACAAUAUAUUAGUAUAUGUAGGAGUAUAAGAUACGUAAUACAUACGUAUUUACAACUUGUAAGAUACUGGUUACACAAUAGACGACAAAAUGACAGAAAGAGAUGCGCCCGCGUACUUACACACGCGUAACAAGUCUUUAUAUUCGUUGAUUUUGUUUUAACACAUUCGCAGCGGAUGUGAAGUUGUUCACUCCAAAAUCUUUGCUAUAUAGCGUUAUAGUGGGAGGGGGAUACGAGGAGAGUAGGAGAGGGUUGAACGAAAUCGACCGAUCACUAGUGUACUUAUAUAUAUAAGUAUAUACAGUAGAUAAAGAGAAGAGCAGUCGAGCUGUCGAGCAUGAUUUUGGGUUGUUAGUGUUGUUACUUGUGAGCUGUGAACUGCAGGUACAGCCACAAUUAUAAUGUAAUACUUCAUGAUAUUUGAUUUAGAACUUUAUCGUGUUAAUUUUUAUCGAAUUUAUCUCCGUUACUUGUUUAUGUCGAACGAAGGAUUUACUACUCUACACAUCAUGUCAUCUAUGAAACCUACAUCUGAGGAUACAAGCUAUAAUGACAUUGGAGGCAUGCGAAUUAAAUACAAAGAUAAAAAUGAAACUUUUACGGAAGACCAGCUCGUAAGCAAGGAACCCAUUGGACAGUUCAAAGCAUGGUUCGAUGAUGCUUGUAAUACACCACAAAUUUUUGAAGCUAAUGCGAUGAUGCUCGCUACAGCUACUAAACAUGGAAUCCCAUCUGUGCGUGCAGUAUUACUUAAAGGCUAUAGUACAGAAGGUUUCAAAUUUUAUACCAAUUAUGAAAGCAGGAAAGGCCGAGAGCUAGCUGAAAAUCCAAAUGCAGCGGCAACUUUCUACUGGGAACCACUAAGGCGAAGCGUGCGUAUAGAGGGCAAGGUGCAAAAAACUUCUCCGGAAGAUUCGGAUCGUUACUUUCAAAGCCGGCCGUAUUCUAAUCAAAUAGGAUCAAUAACUAGUAGACAGAGCAGCAUGAUUGCGAGUAGGCAGACACUCAUCGUAAAGGAGAGAGAAUUAAUAGCUCAAUGUCCGGAAGGCAAAGUUAAAAGACCCGACUGGUGGGGAGGAUACAUCAUCAUUCCACAUUCCAUAGAAUUUUGGCAAGGACAAAGCGAUCGCUUACAUGAUAGAAUUCGUUUUAGACGGCUUAAAUCGAACGAAAAGAUCGAUAAUGUACUCGUUCAUCAGGGAGUUAAUGGAUGGGUUUACGAAAGACUAUCUCCAUAAUCGUGACGAAACAUUUUAUGUUAAAAUAUAAAUAAUACAACAUUUGUUUAAUAGGUGGCUGAGAAAUUGCGAUUCUGGUUAAGGUUGUUGCUUUCUUGUAAUUUUUAGAAUUUCUCUUUGCACGCCUAAAAUUAUAUAUAUGUAUAUAUAAGAUUCAUGCUUGUUGAUAAAAUUGUAAUAUAUUGUACUUUUAUAGUGGAUGACGAAAGUAUUUGGACAUUUAUCAUAAGAUAUUUUUAUUAAUAUAACUAUCAUAUGUAUUGUACAGUAUUUUCCCAAAAUUUUACUGUUGUGUAUUAUAAUAAUAUGAAGGAAUUGAUAAACUUUGUAUUAUUUACAUAUAAGAAUGUGCAUAGAAGUUGUAAUAUUGCAAAUAUGUAGACGAUGCACAUAAAUAUGUAAUUAUUCUUACAAUACUGUAAUAAUGUCAAAUACAUAAUUAUACGAAUAUACUUACGAUAUACUAUACUGACAAUAAACCAUGUGUCAUUUGUACGCGUGAUUAGAUUCUCUCUUUUAUACUAAAUGUUCAAAAACUUUCAUAAAUUACUGUACAUAUUUAUGCAUAUACAUAAUGUGCAAGUAAAGUAAUUAGUUACCCUCUUUA